UCAAAGCAAAGUAGCAAGUAGCAACAGUCGCCCCGAUCCGAUCCUGCGCCCGUCGCCCCCUAGGCCGCCGAGGUCGACCUCCUCCUCCUCCUCCGAUCUUCGGCAAGCUCCGGCCGUUCUCGCCGGCGUUGCCGGCCUCUCGUCCUCCUCGCUAGUUGGUAGUAGUACCUCUCAUUGGAGCGCCGCCGCCCGACUACCGGCGCUCGGCACUCAAGCCCCGCCCCACCCGACGCACCACCAGACAAGGGAGCUCCUCCGCCACUCGGUCCUCUUCCUUCCUUCCCUUUUGGAGAAAUGGGGCCGCACCUCGCCUAGCGUUGUUGUGUUUCAUGGAGGCGGGGAGCCGAGGCGCAUCCGCCAUGGCCACGGCGGUGUGCAGGGUAUGGUGGCCGCGGGGGAGGCUGCAGCCCGAGCCGCCCGCAAGGCUCGUGCUGUUCGGAUGGCUCUUCGCCCGCACGAGCUCCGUGGACGUUGUCGUCGCGGCGGCCCUCCCGCAGGAGGAAAUCUUGCGGUCCUUCCCCACCCUAGAAGCACUCCAGACCAUCAUCCUUUCCUCAAAUACAAGGAUGCCAGCAAGGCUACAAGAAUGUGCAGCAUUCACCAUUCUGGGGGAUUGUGUACUUCCAAGAGAAUUCGAAGUAUGCUGUAGUAAACAAAGUCAUCAACCAUUGGGAGCUCAAUCUGUUCAAAAAGGGCAUUUUGAUAUGACCCAGAACAGCCCUGUUGUAUUGAGAGGAUCAUUGGAAUGUGGAAACAAAGACCGAAGCGACUAUAAUAGCAAGUGGGAAUAUGAUUAUACCAUAUUAGAUGGAUUUCUGGAUGCUUGCGAGACAUCAUUUGUCAAAGAGGGUAACUGGGUGCAUUUGUGCUGCAAAUCUAGCAAGAGCUUGAAAUGCAAGCUGAAUGAAGUCCCUGUGCUUCAUCAUUUGUACCUUGAUGGCCAAAAAAUUGAGAUUAAUCAUUGCCACGUCAUACUAUAUGAUGUUCCUACUGCUGGUAGAAACCAUUUUUUCCUGGGUGAGGAUGCACCUUGCAGAUUGAAGUCUUCCUUUAGAAAGCCAAGUUGGAUAAAUAAUCUAGAACACAGACACUUAGAAUUUGACUUGGAUCCAAUUGUUUUGGCACUUAAUUGUUCAAAUGCAGCUAGACUAUCAGUUUCUCAGGAACGUUCUACCAGUAAUUCUGUGGCUCAUUUUUUCUUUGCGUCUGUGUUUUUUGCGAUUGUUCAAGCAACAUGGCACUGCGUUGGAAUAUUUUUGGCUUCAAUAUCUACUAUCUUCUACAUCAUCAUUCAAGUGUUCCAAACAUAUUUAAGCAAAAUAUCUCAGUACUUCAUGUUACAAAAGGUUUUCAGGCAUUCAUGGAAAAACAUGCAUCUCCGAUGUUGCCAAAUUCUCUACUGGCCAGUUAUCCUCCAAGAUGGAUCCCUAAGCUCUACUGUGAAUGUUCAAUAUCUGCACAAAGCUGCAAUUCAGAAGCAUGCAUUAUGGUCAAAUAUUGUCAUGGAUCUCUUGAUGGGUUUAUUCCUUGGAGCAGCGCUGUUGUUGAAAACAGAGAUAAUUUGUUCUUGGACUUUUGCUCUUGUCCACCAUAUCACAGAUAGUGUCUUGAGAUCUGGCUGUGUGUGGCUGAUGGGUGUUCCAGCAGGCUUUAAGCUGAAUACAGAGUUGGCAGAGCUUUUGGGCAUGAUUUCACUUAACGCAAUUCAAAUAUAUUCAACACUUUGGUUCAUUGUGGGAGGCUUCCUAAGGCACAUAGUUUGGGGUCUUGCAUUUUCUGGGAUCCUUUUUGGUUUAACAGUUCCAGUUUCAUUUUUCAUAGAUGUCAUCCAGCUUGCUACAUUGCAUGUUACCCUGCUUCAGUGGUUGAUCUCAGUGAUAUGUUCAAGACAGAUUCAGACAGUGACAUCAUUGUGGCGUCUUUUCAGAGGGCGCAAAUGGAAUCCUCUUAGGCAAAGGUUAGAUAGCUAUGACUAUACAGUUGAACAACAUGUGGUUGGUUCACUGUUGUUUACACCAGUCCUGCUUCUCCUACCCACCACCUCUAUAUUCUACAUAUUCUUUUCUAUCUUGAGUACCGCAAUUAUCUGUCUCUGCAUACUGCUGGAAAUCACAGUAUCUAUAAUUCACUCUACUCCUUAUGCUGAGUCAAUUAUGUGGGUGGCAAGAAGGCAAAGAUUUCCAACUGGAUUAUUCUUCCAACCUGUGGAAUUGUCAUCUGUUUCUGCUGUUGAUGGAGAUGGCCUCUUUUCAGUCAAAGGUUGUAGGAAAACAGAGCGUCUUCUCCUUGGCCAGUCAGAACCUUCAGUUUCAGAACUUCGCUGUAACUAUGCCACCUUUGGGCACAUGAUUGGACCAAGUUACGCGAAAAAUUUCAACGGGGUAGCUUUAUCAUUCUGCAAACAAUUGGCGUAUGGAAUCCUUAGCGGUGAAAGGAUACCUACAACUCUCCACCUUCAAUUUUCUCAAUUCCCUUGGAUGCAUGUUGGCAUUCGAGAAUACUGGAUGCUCUGCCGGGGUUCUGUCCUUUCAUGUGCACCAAAGAGGUGACAGGAGUUUCUACCGUACUGAAACCAUUUUGAUCCCCUUAACAUACCUUGUUUUACUUGGUAAUCUGUUCCAUAUUAUAAAAUGGGUUGGCCCUACCUAGGUUAAUCUAGAAAUCAAUGAUUAUGUUUUAUAUAUGUGUCCAGAUUCACUAAUAUCUCUAUGAAUCUAAGGUGCACUGUUAGUUACUGCCCUAGUUGUAAUUAUUAUUGAAACAAUACAAUUCAUAGUUACCCUAACUACAUUUGCUGUCCUGGGUAUCUACAUGACGUGGUGCACCACCAGUGUACCUAAACCAUGCGUAUAUCUAGUU